CACGACUGCACUCCAACAGUGAGUCAUCAGUCUGAUCAGUCUAUCCACGCAGCACACCUCGUCUGCCAUGAAUAUGUGAGGGGAGGGGGCAAGUCAAGGUGAGAAGUCGUGAGUAGAGCGACGAAUGAGCGAGUACAGUGAGAGUGAUGAAACUGGGCAAGCGUGUGUGUGGAUGUGUGUACAUAUAUACAACUCCCUUUUUUGCCUGCUGAGGUGCGCAGCGCAUCGCCUCAUUCACCAUUGUGAUCCUCCCUCUUCCUCAUACCUUACCUCACCUCACCUCACCUCACAACCUUGCACGCAUUCCUGCCAACCCUAUUCCCUUAAGCAGUCAUGUCGCAGCCCAACGGAUCAGCGACAGCCAGCAACGGUGCGAAUGGAGCAGCAGCAGCAGCAGCAGCAGCAGCGGCCACCUUUCACGCUCCACCCAGCGCUGGCGGAUUCUCUCGCAUUCAGCCCGAUCCCGAACUGGUAUCCUACCCCAUUCCCACAUCCUGGCAACUCCUCUCCACCUCUCAAGAUUUCCUCUUGCGCGCUCAAGAAGUGAGCGAUCUGCUGCACAAGGAUGAAGCGGUUAGGGAUCGCGGAAAUGUGGUGCCCCAUAGGCAGGUGCAAUUGUUGAAGGAUAGCGGACUCUGCACGCUGCUCGGUCCAAAGAGCGCUGGUGGAGGCGGGCAGGAUUGGCAGACGGCCUAUCAUGUCGUCAGAAUCAUCGCGCAGGGCGACGGCAGCUUGGCACAGCUCUUGGGCUACAAUUACAUUUGGUUCUGGGCCGCAGCGCUCGUAGGCACCGAUGAACAGAGAGAGCGCAUCGAGCAGUGGUUGACUCAGAACAAGUACUUUCUCGGAGGCGCAGUCAACCCUCGCGAUGCUGAUCUUCACAUCACCAAGCUGGGCGCUGAUGGCGAGCUCGAGUUCAAUGGCAAAAAGACCUUUUCCACCGGGUCCAAGAUCAGCGACGUCACCAUCCUAGAGGGAACGUUCGCAGGAGAGAGCGCAGACGCUCCUCACGUGUUUGCUCCUGUGCUCUCAAAGCAGGACGGCAUCAAGUACGGCGACGAGUGGGUGGACACGCUGGGUAUGAGGGGUACGCAGAGCGGCGGGAUCAGCAUUUCGAAAGUUCGCGUCGCCGCAAAAGAUGCUUUGGGAUUUGUGGAUGGAAAGUUUGAAGCUCUUGGAGCGUACAACACGCUCAACUUGCCCGCUAUCCAGCUCGUCUUUACAGCCUUCUACCUCGGUAUUGCUCAAGGAGCACUCAAACGUGGGCUAGAGUACACCAAGGUCAACACUCGCGGCUGGCCCUACACCCCAACGCCCGCAGCGCGCGGCACGGACGAAGUGUACAUCCAAGAAGGCUACGGAACGCUUCAAGCCAGGCUCUGGGCUUCCGAAGCGCAAUUCUCCAACGUGGUUCGCGAAGCUUCUGCUCUUUUGCACACCUCUCCUCGUCAAAAAGUGACGGCAGAACAGAGAUCUCAUCUGGCCAUUCAAGUAGCCGCUGCCAAAGUGGUCAUUGCGGAUCUGGGAUUGGAAAUCACUAGCAAGGUGUACGAGUACAUGGGCGCACGAGCCGUUUCGGGCAAGUACGGAUUCGACGUCGCUUUCAGAGACUUGAGAACCCAUACGCUGCACGAUCCCAUCGCACACAAGAGAUCCGAAGUCGGAAGAUUUGCCCUGAAUGGUCAAGGACCCGAGCCUACAUGGUACACCUAAGGGAUGCGCCAUCGUAUCGCAUCAGCUCGGCUCCCAUCCGAGAAGGAUGGGUGCUGGCCCCUCAGUCCGUCCCUUGAAGCCGUUGCAAGACAAAAGGAAAGAAGAGGUGAAAAAGAAAGAAAAAAGAACCCUUUGCGAACUUUGUAUUUCCCC